AUGACGACCGACAUCUCGGUGUCCCGCUGGGACCCCAGCAUCGGCCACGGCCAGGAGAUCAUCGACGACUUCGAGUACGACGGCGGCAACUCCUCAUCAAGGCUAUUCGAACGAUCGCGCAUCAAAGCGCUAGCAGACGAACGAGAGAGCGUACAGAAAAAAACAUUUCAAAAAUGGGUGAAUUCUCACCUGGUGCGUGUGGGGUGCCGCAUCAGCGACCUGUACGUGGACAUGAGGGACGGCAAAAUGCUCAUCAAACUACUAGAAGUACUUUCUGGGGAAAGAUUGCCACGACCAACAAAAGGCAAAAUGCGUAUCCACUGUCUGGAGAACGUUGACAAGGCGUUGCAGUUUCUACGCGAACAGCGCGUGCAUCUUGAGAACAUGGGUUCCCACGACAUCGUCGACGGAAAUGCCAGACUCAAUCUUGGGUUGAUAUGGACUAUCAUCCUUCGAUUCCAGAUACAAGACAUUACAAUUGAAGAGACAGAUAACAAAGAGACAAAGUCCGCAAAGGACGCACUGCUAUUAUGGUGUCAAAUGAAGACUGCGGGAUACAACAAUGUCAACGUACGCAAUUUCACCACCUCGUGGCGCGACGGGUUGGCGUUCAACGCCAUCAUUCACAAGCACAGACCCGACCUCAUACAGUUCGAGAAGUUGCACAGAAGCAACCAAAUGCAGAAUCUUAAUAACGCAUUCAAUGUUGCCGAGGAGAAACUUGGACUUACUAAACUUCUGGAUGCUGAAGAUAUCGCAGUCGAACAUCCCGAUGAGAAAUCCAUCAUCACAUAUGUGGUGACAUACUACCACUACUUCAGUAAGAUGAAGCAGGAAACGGUACAAGGCAAGAGGAUUGGAAAGGUGGUGGGCAUCGCUAUGGAAAACGAGAAGAUGAUGCAUGAAUACGAAUCGCUCACCAGCGAUCUCCUGCAAUGGAUCGAGCGCACAAUCGAAGCUCUGGGUGACAGAACGUUCGCGAACUCACUGGAAGGUGUACGUCAACAACUCAUACAGUUCGCCAACUACCGCACAGUUGAAAAGCCUCCCAAGUUUGUUGAAAAAGGCAACCUCGAAGUUCUGCUGUUCACACUGCAGUCUCGUAUGCGAGCGGCCAAUCAGAAACCUUACACGCCACGUGAAGGACGUAUGAUACAUGACAUAAAUAGAUCCUGGGAACGUUUGGAGAAGGCCGAGCACGAACGGGAACUUGCUCUGAGAGAGGAACUUAUUCGACAGGAGAAGUUGGAGCAACUUGCUGCUAGAUUCAACCGCAAAGCGCAAAUGCGUGAAACGUGGUUAUCGGAGAACCAGCGGCUCGUGAGCCAGGACAACUUCGGCUUCGACCUCGCGGCGGUAGAGGCGGCGGCCAAGAAGCACGAGGCCAUCGAAACUGACAUCUUCGCGUACGAGGAGCGAGUGCAGGCCGUUGUUGCUGUUUGCUCCGAGUUGCAAACUGAACGGUAUCACGACAUGGAGCGUGUAUGUGCCCGGCGUGACAACGUGCUCCGAUUGUGGGCCUAUUUGCUGGAACUUCUGCGUGCAAGACGCGCACGCCUGGAGUUAUCUCUCCACCUGCAGCAAAACUUCCAGGAAAUGCUCUAUAUCCUGGACUCAAUGGAGGAGAUCAAGAUGCGCUUACUGACCGACGACUACGGCAAACAUCUGAUGGGCGUGGAAGACCUUCUCCAGAAGCACGCGUUGGUCGAGGCGGAUAUCAAUGUCCUUGGAGAACGAGUCAAGGUCGUCGUGGGUCACUCCCAGCGGUUCUUGGAGCAAGAAGAGGGCGGCUACCGGCCCUGCGACCCCGCUAUCACCGUGGAGCGAAUCCAGCAACUGGAAAACGCAUAUGCCGAGUUGGUGCAUCUUGCUGUGGAGCGCAGAAAGCGUCUGGAAGACAGUCGCAAACUGUGGCAGUUCUACUGGGAUAUGGCAGACGAGGAGAACUGGAUUAAGGAGAAGGAGCAAAUCGUGUCUGUGGACGACAUCGGUCAUGACCUCACUACCGUAUACCUCCUGAUUUCGAAGCACAAGGCCCUUGAAGCUGAUAUGCUGGCCCAUGAACCGCAACUGAUGCGUGUUGCGGCGGUCGGCGAUGAACUUAUUUCCCAGGGACACUUUGGUGCUGAUAGAAUUCAGGACCGUCUCCGCGACAUUCUGUCUCAAUGGAACCAUCUCUUGGAUGUGGUCUCACUGCGCAAGAAUCGCCUGGACGCGGCCGUGCGCUAUCACCAAUUGUUCGCUGAUGCGGACGAUAUCGACAACUGGAUGUUGGACACGCUCAGAUUGGUUUCAUCCGAAGAUACUGGUGUGGAUGAGGCUCAAGUGCAAAGCUUGCUGAAGAAACACAAGGACGUAACUGACGAGUUGAAGCACUACGCUAACGUCAUCCAGCAACUUAAACAACAGGCAAGCGAACUGAGUCCCGAAGAUGCGAACAGCGGUGAAGUUCGCGAGAGACUCGCCGCAAUAGACGCACGACACGGUGAAUUGGCUGAACUAGCCCGACUUCGCAAACAGAGGCUUCUCGAUGCCUUGUCGCUCUUCAAACUGUUGGCCGAAGCCGAUGCCGCGGAUCAAUGGAUAGCAGAAAAGGACCGCAUGCUCGAUACAAUGCUCCCACCAAAGGACAUCGAUGACGUUGAGAUUAUGAAGCAUAGAUAUGACGGUUUCGACAAGGAGAUGAACGCGAACGCGUCACGAGUGGCCGUUGUCAAUCAACUGGCCAGACAACUGAUCCACGUGGAACACCCUCAGGCGCCGGCCAUUCAAGAGCGACAGACAGAGCUGAACAACGCUUGGAGUACGCUCAGAGAAAAGGCGGAGGGCAAGAAAGACGAACUGAAGUCCGCGCAAGGAGUGCAGACAUUCUACAUCGAGUGCCGCGAGACAGUGUCAUGGAUCGAGGACAAGAAACGCAUCUUGCAACAGACCGACAACCUAGAGAUGGAUUUGAAUGGUGUUAUGACCCUACAACGUCGCCUAUCGGGUAUGGAGCGCGACCUGGCCGCUAUCGAGGCGCGUAUUACGUCACUGCAGAACGAAGCGAGCGCUGUGGAGGAUGAGCAUCCAGACGAAGCUCGUCUCAUCCGCGAAAGAAUUCACACUAUUACUGAAAUCUGGGAGCAACUCACACAGAUGCUCAGAGAACGCGACUCGAAGUUGGAAGAGGCCGGUGAUUUGCACCGAUUCUUACGUUCGGUGGACCACUUCCAGGCCUGGCUUACCAAGACCCAGACCGAUGUCGCCUCCGAGGAUAUACCAGCAAGUUUGCCGGAGGCCGAGAAGUUGCUAUCUCAGCACCAGACCAUUAAGGAGGAAAUCGACAACUACACCGACGAAUUUGCCAAGAUGAUGGAAUAUGGAGAGAAGAUUACUGCCGACCCAUCUACACAAGACGAUCCUCAGUACAUGUUCCUGCGAGAGCGUUUGAAGGCUUUACGCGAGGGAUGGGCUGAAUUGCAACAGAUGUGGGAGAAUCGCCAACAGCUUUUGACACAGAGCUUAGAGUUGCAGCUUUUGCAGCGUGACGCCAGGCAGGCUGAAGUGUUGCUUUCGCACCAGGAACACAGGAUUGCCAAGGCCGAGCCACCGGCAAACCUAGAACAGGCCGAAAACACUAUAAAGGAACACGAAGCAUUCUUAACUACCAUGGAGGCUAAUGACGAUAAGAUUAACUCGGUUGUACAGUUUGCCAACCGACUUGUCGAAGAAAGACACUUCGACGCCGACAAGAUCCAACGCAAGGCUGAAAGUAUCAGAGGAAGGCGAGACUCGAACAGGGAAAAGGCGAUACAGCAGAUGGAGAAACUGCAAGAUCAACUGCAAUUGCACCAAUUCCUCCAAGAUUGCAAUGAGCUCGGCGAAUGGGUUCAAGAAAAGAACGUCACCGCCCAGGACGACACGUACCGCUCCGCCAAAACGAUCCAUUCUAAAUGGACGCGCCAUCAAGCAUUCGAAGCCGAAAUUGCGGCGAAUAAGGAACGUCUCUUUGCUGUACAGAACGCGGCAGAGGAACUAAUGAAACAAAAGCCCGAGUUCGUUGAAGUUAUCUCACCCAAGAUGCACGAGCUUCAAGAUCAGUUCGAGAACCUUCAAACAACGACUAAAGAAAAGGGCGAGCGACUGUUCGAUGCCAACCGUGAAGUACUGCUCCACCAGACCUGCGACGAUAUCGACUCCUGGAUGAACGAGCUCGAGAAGCAAAUCGAGAACACAGACACCGGCACUGAUCUGGCAUCUGUCAAUAUUCUUAUGCAGAAGCAACAGAUGAUAGAGACUCAGAUGGCCGUGAAGGCUAAGCAGGUGACCGAGCUCGAAACUCAAGCGGAGUACCUGCAAAAGACCGUACCCGAUAAAAUGGAAGAGAUAAAGGAGAAGAAGAAGUUAGUAGAACACCGUUUCGAGCAGCUGAAAGCGCCUCUCCUGGAUCGCCAGCGUCACUUGGCCAAGAAGAAAGAAGCGUUCCAAUUCCGUCGCGAUAUAGAGGAUGAGAAGUUAUGGAUCCACGAGAAGAUGCCAUUAGCGACCAGUACUGACUACGGCAACUCAUUGUUCAAUGUACAAAUGCUGCAGAAGAAGAAUCAAUCGUUGAAAACGGAGACUGAUAACCACGAGCCGAGAAUAUUGACGGUCAUCUCCAACGGACAGAAACUCAUUGACGAGGAGCAUGAAGAUGCGCCUGAAUUUAAAAACCUUAUUGAGGAACUCACCGCGCGGUGGCGAGAACUUAAAGAUGCCAUCGAACAACGUAAGGAUAAUCUGGCUCAGUGGGAGAAGGCUCAACAGUAUCUGUUCGAUGCUAACGAGGCCGAAGCUUGGAUGAGCGAGCAGGAACUGUACAUGAUGGUCGAAGAUCGCGGUAAAGACGAGAUCUCCGCGCAGAACCUGAUGAAGAAACACGAGAUAUUGGAACAGGCGGUCGAUGACUACGCACAGACUAUCAGGCAAUUGGGAGAGACAGUUCGCCAGUUGACUAGCGAGGAACAUCCAUUAAGUGAACAAAUCUCAGUAAAGCAGUCUCAAGUAGACAAACUGUACGCUGGUCUUAAAGACCUGGCUGGUGAGAGACGCGCCAAGCUCGAUGAGGCGUUGCGGCUGUUCCAACUUUCGCGCGAAGUUGAUGACUUGGAGCAAUGGAUCACGGAGCGGGAGUUGGUUGCCAGUUCUCAGGAAUUGGGUCAGGAUUACGACCAUGUGACGUUGCUAUGGGAGAGAUUCAAGGAGUUUGCGCGCGAAACUCAAGCGGUGGGUGCCGAACGCGUAGCGACCGCGGAAAGGAUUGCCGACCAGAUGAUCGCUAUGGGACACUCGGACAACGCCACCAUCGCUCAGUGGAAGGAGGGUCUGCGCGAGACCUGGCAAGACCUGCUUGAACUUAUUGACACGAGAACACAGAUGCUGGCUGCGUCGCGAGAGCUGCACAAGUACUUCCACGACUGCAAGGACACUUUGCAGCGCGUCAAUGAAAAGGCACGCGGAGUUAGCGAGGAGCUGGGCCGUGACGCUAUCAGUGUCGGUGUGCUGCAACGCAAACACCACAAUUUUAUGCAAGAUCUAAGCACUUUGCAACAACAGGUCGAGGCGAUAAGCGCAGAAUGCGCACGUCUGGGCGCUUCGUAUGCAGGCGACAAGGCGGCCGAAAUUACACGACGCGAGGCGGAAGUAGCCGAAGCUUGGCGAGCGUUACAGGCCACCUGCGCCGCUCGACGCGCAAAGUUAGAAGACGCAGACCAUCUGUACCGGUUCCUGAACAUGGUGCGGGAUCUGACCUUGUGGAUGGACGAUGUAGUACGCUCGAUGAACACCGGAGAGAAGCCACGCGAUGUAAGUGGCGUUGAGCUGCUUAUGAACAACCACCAAUCGCUGAAGGCGGAGAUCGAGACCCGCGAAGACAACUUCACAGGCUGCAUCAGUUUGGGCCGCGAGUUGUUGGGAAGGCAACAUUAUGCGUCCCCGGACAUCCGCGACAAGUUGCUGCAACUUACCAAUCAGAGAAAUGCGCUAUUACGCCGCUGGGAGGAACGCUGGGAGAACUUGCAGCUUAUCUUGGAGGUGUACCAAUUCGCCCGCGACGCUGCGGUGGCUGAAGCGUGGCUGAUCGCGCAAGAACCCUACCUAAUGUCUCAAGAGUUAGGACAUACUAUAGACGAAGUUGAAAGCCUCAUAAAGAAACACGAGGCCUUCGAGAAGUCAGCAGCAGCUCAGGAAGACCGGUUCAGUGCUUUGCAGAGACUCACCACGUUUGAGGUGAAAGAGAUGAAACGGCGUCAAGAAGCCGCCGAGGCCGCUGAAAGAGAGAGGCAGGAGCGUGAAGCGGCCGAAGCCGCCGCAGCGGUGGCCGCAGCACAAGAUGCGGUCGACCGCGCCGCGUCGCCUGAACCGCAGCCGCAGGUCGUAAGGAGAACAUCCACUAAAGCGGCUGAGAAGGCCCAAGAGCGACCGCAUUCCCAGCCAGAGGCGCCUAGCCCCCCCGCCCCCGUGAGCUCGCCCCAAGUGAGCUCGUCCCCAGUGAGCUCGUCCCCGCCCCCCGCCGCCUCACCCCCGCUGCAAGACACGCCCCGUCCCUCCUCGUCGAAACAAACACCAGCCAAACCCGCACGCCUGUCCACUGCUGGUACGAGUUCUACGCCCGCAACGCCAUCAACGUCCGGUAAGGUGAAGACGCGAUCGCGAAGCAAGUCCCCCUUCAGAAGCUUCAGAUGGCGUACGGCGAAGAAACUCCUCACUGGAUCACACCAUAGCGAUGAUGAAGAGGGCGCUAGUCCCGCUGGGGAAGACGAAGGCGUUGAAGGAACAUUAGUUCGCAAACACGAGUGGGAGUCAGCCGCUAAGCGAGCUUCUAACAGGUCGUGGGAUAAGGUGUUCGUUGUGGCCAAGGACGGUCGCAUGUCGUUCUACAAGGACCAGAAGUCGUACAAGGCGACGCCGGACCAGCACUGGCGCGGAGAGCCCCCGCUCGACCUCAACGGCGCCGUCGUCGAGGUCGCCGCAAACUACACGAAGAAGAAGCACGUCUUCCGCCUCAGGCUGAGCAACGGCGCGGAGUUCCUGCUACAAGCUCACGACGAGUCCGAGAUGGGCGGCUGGCUGGAAGCCCUCCGCUCGCGCUCCGCAGCGCCCGCGCCGCGCUCGCACACGCUGCCCGCGCAUCACGCGCAGGAGCCAAAGCGACGCUCCUUCUUCACCCUCAAGAAGAACUGAAAGCCUUCAGCGCCGGCGCCGCUCCAUCGCGCAUCGUUAGUCAUUACACGCCGCGUCCCCUCAGUACCCGGUACUCGCGUACCAAGUACCCGGUACUCGCGUACCGAGAACCCGGUAUCCAGUACCCGGUACCGCAGUCCCGGACGCCGCAUAUUUCUCACGACGCUUGCUUACCGUAAGCUUUGCUAAUGACGAAAUUGUGCCGAGCGGCCCCCAUAUCGACGGUUGCCUGUCAACUGUGCAGAGUAUUUGUUAUUAUUUUGUUGCGUACAAAAAGAAAAACGUUAUUUAAGACUGUUCGAUGUUUGAGUGUUUGAAUCGUUUGCCUUUUCGUCUGUCUGAUACCGUAUUUAUUGGUCGGUAGCUAAUAAGCUAUUAGUGAAGAUAUACCGAUACAGAAAAUUACAAAUGGCGAUAAAUAUUUUUUUUUUCUUCAUUGCUCUGUACAAAUCUCUCUUCGAUUUUAGACGAGACUUAUCCCAAAUAAGGGAUAUGCAACAUACACAUUAACUUAUCAAAACUUUUAAAUUUCAAACAUCUCUAUGCUAAGGUAUUUUUAAAAUUUUCGUAACGACGAAAUUAAAUAUCAUAAGAUGCCUUUACGAAUGUGUUCUAUAUUUUAUUACGACAUAAUAAUCACCAAUAUAAACUUAUACUAUCUUCGAAGUAUUUUACGCCGUUUGUAGUUUUUUAAAAUCGGUAUUUUAUCCGAGUACGAACUCGGAUAAAAUACCGAUUACGAACCCACCUCGGCGUGCAAUUGUUGUAUCUUGAAAGUAAAUUAAUACAUUUAUAAAAUUCUAAAUGCCACGCUCUUUGUAUGGAUAGACGAGUUUUAGUGUUUAACUCAGAUGAAAAAAAUAUUAUAUAAUAUUAUUUAUUUAUAUAAUACGUAUAUCAAAAUAUUAUGUAACUGAUAAAUUAUAGUGUUAAUUCAGUUGAACUAGAAAUGUAUGACGUUUGAUUGAUUUUUAUUUAUUUACAUCAUCAAAUAACUAGAUGUUUUAAUAGAUUAUUGACGACCAAUCGACUAAUAGAAGAAAAAGGGAAUUUGAAUAGCAAUGACGAAGUUAAAUAGCCCGAUAUAUAUAAAUAUUGUAACCGCAUUUAUGACACAUUUGGUUUCCCCAGUGAUAGACGUUUAUAUUGUUUGACGGCUCCCUGAACCGGGCAAAGUUUCCGAAGAGUGUAAAAUGUAAGUUCGUAAAUUAAUAGGGAUUACUUUUUUUCCAUUUUAAAAGAUAUCUUCGUGCCCGAACACUCCGAAGUCGCUGUCGGUUAUAAUAUGCUUAUAAAAAUUAUUAAAUUUAUAUCAAAAUUUCUUCUUAGAUGGUAAUAUUAGGGGUGUAGGGAUAGGGGUAAGAGGCAUCGGCGCGCCGCGGACAGCGAUUUCGAAGUAUUCCGUUGUAUAAGAGUUGUAAGUAUGCUUUAUAUGCCUCAUAUCGUGCUUUUAAGUGAUAAUGUGUCUUUAUUAAUUAUAAAUUUUUAAUUUAAUGAUUAUUAUUUUACUGCCAAUUUUUCACAAAUUGUUCAUUUCUCUAAUACGUACAUUAAUGUCUGAAUUUUCACCUUUAUUAGAUGUUACGAUCACACAUUUUUAGUUCUUUUUACGUCCUAUGAUUAUUGUAUAGAGUGCGCGCGUGUGCGUCUCUCGUCACACUAGCGCAUGUAUAAUUACUAUGUUUAAAUAUUUUAUUUCAAAAUUUUACUUUUUUUGAGGAAAAUAUAAUAAAUGAUGUUUUC